AUGCCCCCCAGCAAGAACGCAUCACUAGAUGCCGACAUAGUCCUGGAGGCCUUUCAAAACAUCAAGAAUGCCACAGAUAACUACAUUUUGAAGAAUCACAUGGAAACCUUUUGCUCAGAAUUUAUGCCAAGAGCUAGUGAGCUCGCCAUUGCCAUAUUUUGUAACGUGUUCCAAGAGCUGGGAUGUCCCAUUCGAUCCGCCGCUCCAGGCGACAAACUCCCACGAGUACGUCACGCGCCAAAACACAAAAAAUACGUCGACUAUCUCUAUGGAGUAUUGGAAAAUAAUGGCGGCUUGGUCGAGACGAGAGGUUCAGAUGUCAUUCGUACUGCCAAACCGUGUCCCAGUGCUGAUAUUGACACGGCAUUCGAGGAGCUCCUGCGUGACCGGCCUGCCCAGGUGGCCGAGAUCAAGCUCAUGCAGCUGACGAGCCGCCACUUUGUCCGAGGACUCCUGGGCGAGGUCGAGGCCGUGCAUUUCCUGUUUGGCUCCAGCGAAGGUCGCGUGCUGCUGGACCAGCUCUACGCGACGGCCGACUCGAGCAAAACCGUGCUCGAGCCACUAGAGGCCUUGAUGACCGAGAUUGGCGAGUCGUGGGUAUCACAAAAGGAACCCCUCCGUAUCCUCGAGGUUGGAGCGGGCACCGGCGGAACAACGCAGCGCAUGCUGCCCGCUCUCGCGGCCCUCGAAGGCACCCAGGUCCAAUACACCGUGUCGGAUCUGAGCGCCAUGCUGGUCUCGCAGGCUUCUCAGACAUUUGCCCAGUAUGACUUUGUCAAGUACGCGGUUAUCGACAUUGAAAAGGAGCCGGAGCCGGAGCUGCUCAAGAGUGCGCACAUCAUUCUCGGGUCCAAUGUCCUGCAUGCGACGCUCGACUUGAAAUCCACCCUCAAGAAUCUUCACAAGAUGUUGCGACCGGACGGAUUCCUCGUCGUGCACGAGAUGACGGCGCAGAUGCUGUGGGCCGACGCCGCGUUCGGGCUGAUCGAAGGGUGGUGGCGAUUCGAGGACGAGCGAACCCACGUUUUGCAGAACUCCAAGGCUUGGAACAAGGUUCUGACGGCAGCUGGCUACAGUUCGGUGGACUGGACUGAUGGUCGCCGUCCAGAAGCCAAAUCGCAGCAGUUGAUUUUUGCCAUGGCUUCAGAUCCUGAAUCAAUGUUUGGAAAUUAA